AUGGAGGGCAGCAAAGAUGCCUUGAAUGGAAUUACCUUUGAUGGGAAACCUUCUGGGUACCGUGACUUUCGUCGAAAGACACUUCUGGCGAUUGCUGGGUUAGAGGAUAAGCACUCACACCUUGCAGGUCCUCGACUCCUCUCGCGACUGAGCGGUGAAGCAUGGCGUGCUACUGAGCACCUCAAUAUCUCUCAGUUACGAUCGCCUGAAGGUUUCAUGAUAGUGAUUCGAGCCUUGGACGAGCACUACAAGUACCUUCCUGAGACGGAGUUGCAUGAAAGCAUAGAUGAGUUUCUGUUUGCCUUGAAACGAAGACAAGGCGAAGGAGCAACUGCCUUCGCAAGUAGGUUCAGGACUCAACUUGCCAGAGUAGAGACUUUGAUCAGUCAGGAACGUGAGAUGACCAAGUCCAAGCGCCGUCGAACCACUGACAAAGCACCGGACAUCCCACCUGUGGAUGAAGCCUUCGAUAGUGAAAUGGAGCAUACUGCAUCCGAAGGUACUGGACCAGAGCAUGAUGCUGCGUCCCACCGAUCAGCAGCGGCAUCAGCCGUGCCUAGCGUGCCAGCAGCCGAGCCUAGAGCAUCCGAGCCGUCACAGCCAGCCGAUGCACCACGUGCCACCGAGACUGGAACAGCCGAGCAUGCACAGCCUGAAGGUCGUCGGACCACUUCCGAGUCUGCUGCAAGCACAGAUCUGGAAGAGAAGCCCAAGCAUGAUGAUCGUCGAGCUCAACGUCCCGGCCGCCGAGAAGCUUAUGCAGUCCAAGAACAAGUUCAUGCAGUUGAGAGUGAUUCAUCCAGCCUGGGUGUUGCUUGUGAGUCCGAUGAUUCUCAAAGCGAUGAUGUCAUGGACGUUGACCAGCUGGAUUCAAGUGAGGAAGAAUUCAGAAAUGAACUUGAAGAAGUGUAUGAACUGCAGAGAAAAUCCAAAGAGAAGUUCCGUAAGUCAUUCAAGACUUACAAAGAAACCAAGAAACGAGUCAAGGAGUUGAAAAGAAACCGGCAACCAUACUAUCCUGUGGUAGCACUCAACCAACCUCAGGAUGCCAGCCAGUCUUCUCAGCCUUCACAGACUCAGGUGCCCCUGCAGAAAAGCACUUUCAAGUAUGACAAAAAGCCAUCGAGUAGCAAGCCUUUUUCCAAGAGUAGGCAGAAAGAAGCAGGUCGUCAGUCCAAGAAGGAAGAGGCCAACAUGACCGAGUCCAUUCUGGUUAGUUCGUUUGCAUACAUGGUUGAAGCUUCCAGCAGUUUUGCAACCUCUGCCAGUACAUGGACUUCCGAGGAAGUUCUGUUAGCCAGCAUUCCUGAAGGACACGCAAUCCUUGAUACAGGUUGUACAACAUCAGUGAUUGGUAGCGAGACUGCCGAAAAGUUCAAGGACUUCCUGAAGAAACGUAGCCUGCCGCAGCCGACAGCCUGCGAACUGCCUCCUGUGGAGUUGAAAGGAUUUCAGGGUGGAAAAGUUGAGACUACAACUGGUUUACGUUGGCAUGUCAAGCUUGGUAAGUUGUGGGGAUCUGUCACUACAUACCUUGUGCCUGGACAGACGCCAUUCCUGCUGUCCCGUAGAGUUCUGGAAGGAAUGAAAGCCUGUAUUGACUUGGGCAACAAGUCGAUCACCAGUGAACCACAUGGCAUGUUCAACACGCCUCUGAGGCAGGCAGCCAAUGGUCAUUUCUUGAUGCCCUUGUAUGAAAUUCCUGAAGAUCUCCAUGUUGAAGAAAGCCAGCUUGCCGAAACGAUGAUCCGUGCAGAUGUUUGCCUGCACCAACAUGAGCCCAAUGAUGAUGCUGACCCUGCCGACUCACCGACGCCAUCCGUGCCCAUGGAAAGCCCUGGUUCCACCGAGGAUCCACCAGAAGCCGUGUCCCACAUGUGUCUUUGGACCAUCCGGCUGACUCAGGCUCAGCUGGUCAUGACAAGGGUUCUUGAAGAACCGGAAACCGUGCGUCAGGAGCUAGCAGAAUGGCUAGGACCACAAAGCAGUGCCUUGGAUCAGCCCAUCCAAUUCCUGGAGGUGAAGUCUAUGACAUCCGUGUUGAUCAAUGAAUACGUGUAUGCACUGGAUGAUGAGUUUGAUGCAGAUGGUUUGCCAGUUGAAGCACCAGCCGGUGAUGCCGAAGUUCAACCAGAAGAUCCUGCAGUCCAGUCUCAAAUACUGGCAGAUCCGUCUUUCCAAGCAAAGAUGCAUCUCCGAGAGGAUGCAGCCAGAGCCUUCCAAGAGUCACAUGCCAAAGAUGUGUGGCGUAGAGCCAUCUCCGGUAGUCCUGGAGCUGAAGCCGAGUCAGCCGUGCAUGCACCGUCAGCCGAAGCAGGAGACCCAUCAAGUCGUGAAAUCUACUUCAAGCCUCCUCCAGAAAUUCGGCAGUGGAUGAUGUCCGGCCGUGCCUCAAAGAUGUCCAAAAGCGACACCGUGUCUGAUGGCGCCUUAACGGAGCCAGAGAUGGACCGCGCAGCCGAGCUCCUUCAUAGAGCAGUGGUGCAUGAGCAGGGCAAUCGUUUGGUGAUGAAGAUUUCUCAUCACAUCCAUGGACGUGGAACGGCAGUCAACGCUGCUGGUGUGAUUGAAGAGGUCAAGCAAGCGAUGUCUGAUGCCUCCAAGCGCCGCCCGGACUCAGAAUCUGAAUGGGAUGAGGUGUCAAAUGGCUCGGAGUUUCCGAUCCUCGUGCCGAAGAGCUCUGAGGAGAAGCCCCGUGGGAGCAAGCCUUUGGCUCAGCAUGACUUGCUGCCGAAGGGAUUUGGCAUUCCCUUGCCAUCCGGUGUUGCCUCCGUGGCAGACUGGGGACGCACCAUCAUCAAGAUGAAGAAGUACAAGGAUCUCAACCUUUCCUAUGAGGAAUUGAUCAAGAUGGCUGAGUCAAAUGGUGAGCACCACCGCUACCUGCAGUGGAUCCAGUCCAAUUUCUCUCCGGCCAAUGAGGACAUCCACAAGGUCAAGAUGACCCAAGCCGUGGACCUUGCCCUCUAUUUGAAGAAGAUCGAUUGGCAGAAAGGAGAAAGCAUGGAGUUCCAACGUUGCUUCAAGUAG